AUGACUGAGAAUUACGUGUUUAUUAGAAAUUUAUCUCCUCUAGCAAAUAAGGAAUCGGUACUUAAUAUAUUUAGCGAACUUGAGGAUGAAAUCGUCGAAAUUAGUUUUCAUAAUUACCCGGAAAGUGACCAAAGGUUUUGUCAGAUCUCAUUUAAAUCUUCAAAUGGAGUUACAAAAAGUAUAGGAUUCAAUGGAUCUACUUUGCUUGGUGUUCCUAUGUCAAUUACGGUACUACCUCCAAUACAAAUUCAGAAAUCUGAACAAAAGAUCAUUGUCUCAAAUAGGGAAAUCUCUGUAAAAAAUUUACCAAGUUCCUUAUCAGACUCUAAAAUUACAUCAAUUUUCCAGAAAUAUGGACAAAUUGUGAGUAUUAAAAGACAAGAUCUAAACAGUAACUCUAAUUCCAUUAUUAUAGAAUUUCAGAAUGAAACCUCUGCUGCAGAUCUCAUAGAAAAACGGUAUAUAACUUUAGAAAACGGAGACACAAUAGAGAUUUCUUCUGAUUUUGAAAUCCAGAAAUGUAUUUCAAAUCAAGAAAUUAAUUCAAAUAAUCACGAUAUUAACGAUACCCUUUUAAAUCUUGAAAGUAUUCCAGUUCCUCUUGCUUACCAACAGAUCAAAAAACUUGAAUGGGACAGUAAGAUCUCCAAGAUUUACUCAAUUAAAAAGAAAAUUGAGGAAAGACUUUUAAACACUUUAAAUGACGACCUGAAACUUCGUUCAAGUUCUAAUCAAAGCUCCUUUCAUCCUAAAUCUCCCUCAAAUCCUCCUGCUCCUACUGAUAGGCAAUCCCCAAAUAGAACCACUAUGCGCAGAACUACCACGGGUAGGGUAAGAUCUCUUUCUAGAUCUGUCUCGCCACCGCAUCAAAACGACUAA